AAACGGAGAAGUUGUGUGUGUGUGUGUGUGUGUGUGUGGAGAUAAAGGAGGAGGUACAUAGUGUGUGUGACGCUAGAGGUCCAGCAGGCAGUGUGUUCUCUUGUUCCCCUGGCUACACAUGUCUCCAUCCACCCCACACCUCCACCUCCACAUUCUGCUCCACAUGCAGUUGUGUGCUGCCUUCUCCUGAAACCGGAACUUCUGUGUUACCCGCCAUCUCCUGCCCCCCCCCCCCUCCCUCCACACACACACACACACACACACACACACACACACACACACACACACACACACAUUAGCGCAUUCCUUCUUUUCAUUAUCCUUCUAUCACACCCACCCACACACCCACCCACACACACACACACACACACACACACAUCUAUUAGCAUAAACAGUCAGCACAUAACACUCACGAUAUACUGCGUUUUUUACCACACACACACACACACACACACACACACACACACACAACAUGCUAUCAGAGGGGGGGCUUGACAUCGAACGAUGGGGCCCGAGGCAGCAACGAGCCAUCACCUUCCUGUGGGCGGCGACGCAGGUGGUGGCGAGAGUGGUGCAGGAGGCCUUCUUGGAGGUCUACUCAUCUUUACCUGACUCCGGGAACGGCCACACCUCCCUCAAGGACUACUGCAAUCUGAUGGGACGGAUCAACGUGUACAUGGAACUCCUAGACGAAGGAUGCAUGCUGGACGUCCUCAUCGGCAGUCCAAGAGAGAAGACCUUUCUAGACCUCAAGGUGACGCGGAAGAUACUCGAGAAGGUUAUAGCGGAGAGGUACGGGAAGGACAAGUGUGGGAAGCUCAUGUUCGAGAUCCGCCAGUUGGUGUACUUGAGGAAUGACCUGUGCCACCAGCUUCUCCCGGCCCUCACCCUCGAGCAGUUCCUUUCCCGCAUGAAACAACUUGAAAAUCGUCUCUGUGAUGUGGUGAACGAAGCCGCGGCACUCGCUGGAGCAACUCACACCCCAGAUAAGGCCCUACAGGAUAUCCGCGCCCUCUUCGACCCACUCCUAAACAGAGAUAAAACACAAGCAGAAGAUACGCAGCUGCCUGCCGAGGAUGACCCACGACCCCCUCACGAUAAACCCCUACUGGAAAUCGGCACACAAACUGACUUCCCUCCGCCCGUCACAUUGGAGAAAGACACUCAGACAGAAAGUGGUAUGCAACUGCCUGCCACGCUUGAGACGACCCCCUGCCACACCCCCGAGGAUGCCCCACAGAAUACCACCACCCUCUCUGCCUCUUUCCGACCCCCUCACGAUAAACCACUAAUGGAAAUCGGUACACAAACUGACCAUCCUCCGCCCCCCACAUUGGAGAAAGGCACCCAGGUAGAAAUCAACUCCAAGCUGCAUGAUCUUGGCGAGGGAAUGUGCGGUGAUGCAAGUCAGAACACCGAACGCAUCACCCCUUCACCCGAGAACCCGGCGGCUCCAGAACGUUUCAAUGUCUCCAGCAGCGUUCGAGGGAAUGAUGGUGGUAACGAGAAGUCCCAUCAAUGUGAAAAUAUAAAGGGUGAAAGGCCGGGAAAGCAGGAGGGACGGAAGCAGGGGAGGCACGAGGCAUGCUGUGAUGCUUGCCCCUUUUCACCACUAAGCCCCAUGAAGUCACCACCACCACACGCCAGCAGGAAUCUACAUGGUUCUUACAGCACCCAUUCAAACCCUAGAGCAGUCCCUCUCGGCCCACCAAGGCACAAAGUCUGUCACGGUAACUUCGUAACCCCCAGCAGACUCACAUACGAUUCUGUGACAAUCAACCACAUCUUCACGCAAUCCCCGGACAACGAUAGAGUACCCCUUGUAAUGAAGGUGAUUCUGUUCUUGGUAGUGCUAACCGUGUCCUUGUUACCUUAUGCCCUAACUCUGAUACGUGUGUUGCUGCAUGGGAUUCAAUGCUCCUGGGUCAGAGCGGACAAGGGGUGUAGAUACCUGUGUGAUCUGUGGUAUGGACCGACGUGGCAGAAGACCAUAAUUGUGCCCGAAGUUGUCCUGGUCCCUCGCCUAGAUCCGUUGGAGAUGCGCGCCCCGGUCAUGGAGCCUCAUCAGUUUCAGGGUAUCGGCAUGAACUGCUUCAGGGGUAAAUGUAAGCAGGGAAAGCGCAAGGGCCGGAGGAACUAAGAGGACCACGUGCAAGAGCGACACUUUAUUGAUCACAGGGUAAUCCGCAAACGUUACUAACUCAAACGAAGGCUGCAUGUGAUUGACUGAUGCUAUACUCUGUUCAAAGUGACUUGGCAAACUAGCCCCUCCCCCUUGUUCAUUGAGUGUACAUCAUUGGUUAAUUUACAGACAAACCACGCUCCUUUUGAACUAAGGCUGCAUGUGACUGGUGGAUGCAAUACCCUUUUCAAAGUGCCUUGGCAAACUAGCCACUCCCAGUUGUCCAUUAAGUGUAUGCCAUCGGUUAAUCCACAGACAAGCCACGCCCCCUUUUGGACCGUGGCAGCAUGAUUGGUGGAUGUUAUAAUUUGUUCAAAGUGACCUGGCAAACUAGCCCCGCCCCCUUGUUCAGUAAGUGUGUAUUAUUGGUUAAGCCACAGACAACCCACGCCCCCUUUCGAACUACAGCUGCAUAUAAUUGGUAGAUGGACGUCCAGAAGGGCAUCCAGUCUUGAACCCUCAAUGCCACAACCCCCAAACAGCGACUCUUUAUCAGCAUAGGGAAAAGUUGUGAAGAGGAAAAAUGUUUGAAGGUUUUACCUAGAAAGGGUGACGUGGCGAUGACGUGUGUAGGAGUGAUCUGCUAUCUGCGCUAGACUUGACGUACAAACUAUUUUCGGUACGCGUCUAGUGCACUUUUUAGCAGCACAGAGGGACUGGAAGGUGCAGUGUGCCCGAACUCAGAAGAAACCGGAUGAUCAUUUUAUCUUCAACAUACCGUAACACUUUUUUCCUCUUGUCUCUUAGAUAAGAAAAGAUAAAGAAGAAUGAGAAGCAAAUACGAGAGAGAGAGAGAGAGAGAGAGAGAGAGAGAGAGAGAGAGAGAGAGAGAGAGAGAGAGAGAGGUUUGUGUAUAUAUAUAUUGUUUGACGUAUUACUUCUUUGCAUUCCGUUGUUGUUAAAAAAAUGCAAGUAUGAGGGAAGUAUUUCAAAGUAUUUCAGUGGCCAGUGUAUAUAAUAUGCUGGGAGGGUCAGCAAACUCUUUCGGCUAAGUUAUCGAAAAAAUAUAUAUAUUUGUAGGAAUGGGUAUGUUUAGUGCUUCAUGUAAUGACAGGUGGUUGAUUGUAAAAAAAAAAAAAAAAAACAGGUAGGACACGUAACAAUGGUUUUAAGUUAGAUAAAUACAGAUUCAACAAAGACAGGCAAGAAUGAGUUUACCCGUAGAGUGGUGGAUAAAUGUAAUAGAUUUAGUAGUCAUGUUAUGGGCGCCAAUACCAUAGAUACAUUCAAGAAGUGGCUGGAUAAAUUCAUGGAUGAUGAGGUACAGUGGGGUCAGGAUUACAGGAGCUGCCUUGUGUAGCCCAACCGGCCUCUUGCAGACUCCUUACGUUCUUAUGUUCUUUUGUUCUUAUGAAAUAAAAAAUAGAAGAAUGUCGCAUAGCCUACACACACACACACACACACACACACACACACACACACACACACACACACACGCGCGCGAGCAAAUACAUACAAGCAAAUCAGAUUAAAUUUAAUAUACCAAAUGCUGUAGAACUUUAUAAUAUCAGUUGAAAUAAAAAAGGAUAUAUUA